AUGGCACUCUCCUCCCUCUCGCACCCGCUCCCCACCUAUCUCUUCGCCGUCCUCCCUAUCCCUCUCCUCUCCGCCAUUUUCUGCCGCUCUCGCAGGCCUCACACGCAGAUGUACAUCUCUGUCCAUGCUCCGACGACGAGAUCUAUUACCGAGGGUUCUCAUUGCAGGUUAAUGGCCUGGCGGGUUGGGACCUUCGGUGUUGUUGUCGGUGUCAUCGAUUGCGUGGAGGAGAUGUCUCUGGCCCUGAUCGUCCUGCCCGCCUCUCGCACUUUCCCACUGCGAGCCUCAUCUGGAUGUGCGACUGUGAAAUUGAGGGAGUAUCCUACCGAUGACGGAUAUUGUGAUGUUGUCGGCGCCGCUCUCCCUGCACAAUUCGAUAUCGAUGAUGGAAUCGAUCAGGCAGAUUAUCCUCCUAGAGUACACUCAGCGCUGAAUGUCGCAUCGGCCACACGCUGGUGUGCCUCCUCGAUAUUGGACCUAGAAUUGGAGAAGACACCUCACGUAGCUUCUGCCAACCUGAUUUACCCUCUGCCUCGGGGCUCCUUCCGUUGUCGACGCGCUGUCGUGUCAAACCCAUCCAAGUCUUAUGCCUUUAUUCAUUAUCCCGGAUCCAUACUCGAAAUCACCAAGACACAUUCAAGAUUCAAGAACUCCCUCUUUCAUCUCCUACAGCCCGUCUCAGAAUCCCACCGAUUCCCUGUCUCGUCCAGCACCCCCUUCCCCUGCAAUAUGCCCCGCACACUAAUCCCCGCCGUUGAAGUCGCUCUUACGCCUACUGGUCCUAGUCACUCCAAGUUCGCAACGGCGGGCGAUAGAUGGGCCCAGUCUGCUGCCACUAUUCAUCGAGGAGUUUUCAGACGCGAACCCCGGCUCGGCGUCAAUUAUCUGCUUGUACUCGAGACUACGAAAUGUUAA